CAGAGCUUCCAUAGCCUCAUCUUUCCUCCGCAGCAGUCUUUCCUCCGCAGAAAGGGAGGAGUUCCAGCACUCCGAUGGCGACAUUGUUGGUACAGAAUAAAAUGGCAGCCCAACACACAUCUGGCCCCAGGGAAGGAAGAGACCCUGAUGUUCUCAAGGCAGGAGGUCUUGGGACCUUCUGGGAAGGAACAGCACAGAAGGUACAAGGUGAGGAGAUGCUCAGCUCAGAUAUGCAGUGCCAGAAAUUCAGGAAAUUUUCCUAUGAGGAGGCUGAUAGUCCUCGAGAGAUUUGCACUCGGCUCCACCAUCUUUGUCGUCAGUGGCUCAAGCCAGAGCAACACACAAAGGCUCAAAUCCUGGACCUGGUCAUCUUGGAGCAGUUCCUGACCAUCCUCCCCCUGGAGAUGUCAAGCUGGGUGAGAGAAUGUGGAGCCGAGACCACUUCCCAGGCGGUGUCGCUGGCAGAAGGUUUCCUGGGUCUGAGUCAGGCCGAAGAGAGAAAGCAGGAAGAGCUAGAGUUGGGAAAUCUCUCUGUAGAAAAUCAGCCCGAUUUCCGCAGAGCAGAGGAACCUCAGCAAGACAGUAAACAGGAUCCUCAACAGGAAGAGAUCAAUCAAGGGAAUGAAGGAGGUGUCAGUUUUAUAGGUGAGGCUUUGUGCUAGAAAGUUGUGUGUUUUUUAAUGUGGGAAAGGAAAG